AUGUUCAAACCCGUCGCCUACGGAAUCAAACUGAAAUUGGAGUACGCCAUCCUGGGGAAACUCGUCGCUGUCGCCCGCGGUACCUACAACAGCGAGGAAUUACCCUCCAGCGCCCGCGAAAUCAACUCAUAUCCUUCCUGUCCUUCCUAUCCAUCCUACCCAUCCUACCCAUCCUCCCAAGAACCGUCGCAGCUCAAUUCGGAAUCCCGUCGCAAUGUUCCACGACAAUACAGCCCUCCUUGGUUUUGGGAGGAUACACACCAAUCCAGCAACGCCUCCUCCAGACUUUAA